AGCAGGGAGGAGGAGGAGGAGGAAGAGGAGGUCUGUAGCGUGCCGAUCAGAAGCGCGUCUCAGGAUGAUGAUGAUGAUGAUGGUGUGACUCAGACAGCGGUGGAUUCAGAAUGCUCACAGCCGCACCGGAGUAGACAAACCCCGCGCGCACACAAACACACAGAAAGAAAGAAACCGAGAGGAAUCGCAGAGACACGCUGAUUGACACAGAGUGGAAGGUGGACUCCAGCUCCCAGAAUGCCCGAGCAGAGCAACGACUAUCGGGUGGUGGUGUUUGGAGCUGGCGGGGUGGGGAAGAGCUCGCUUGUUCUUCGGUUUGUAAAAGGCACAUUCAGAGACACCUACAUCCCCACAGUGGAGGACACCUACACACAGGUGAUUAGCUGUGAUAAGAGCGUCUGCACACUGCAGAUCACUGACACAACCGGAAGUCACCAGUUUCCCGCCAUGCAGCGUUUGUCCAUCUCCAAAGGUCAUGCCUUCAUCCUGGUCUACUCCAUCACAAGCCGCCAGUCACUGGAAGAGCUCAAACCCAUCUACCAACAGGUUCUGGCCAUAAAAGGCAGUGUGGAGUCCAUUCCUAUCAUGCUUGUUGGGAAUAAGAGCGAUGAGACGGCCCAGCGUGAGGUGCAGACAAAGGAUGGCGAGGCUCAGGCCGCCACCUGGAAGUGUGCUUUCAUGGAGACAUCGGCUAAGACAAACACUAAUGUGAAGGAACUGUUCCAGGAGCUGCUAGCGCUGGAGAAGAAGAGGGACAUGAGCCUGAGCAUUGACGGAAAACGCUCGGGGAAACAGAAACGAGCUGACAAGCUGAAGGCGAAGUGCAGCAUCAUGUAGAGCAAGCAGCUGCAGACUGAAGGCAAGGCUACAGAGGAGGCAGCUCUUCUUCUGUGGUGUCCACCUCCACUUUUUGGAACACUGAAGCCGAGUCGAACAAAAUUACGACUGAUACAGGAAGCUGGAAUAUUUACACCACGCCUGAAUUGGACUGUGUUUUUGUUCCUUAAAUAACCUCACUAACUAGUGCCACCAUUAACAACCACAUUAACAUUUUAAUAAAGGUUUACUUUAUGUAAUUGGGAAUCCAGGGAUAAAAAUCAGAUUGCCGUCAAAGUGCAGUUUAUUCCAGCUUUUAAUACAACAAAACUGACCCUGAAAAUGUUUAAGGAUUAUAUUAUUUUGCCUUUAAUAGUAGUUAGAGUCAGUGCACUGGCUAUACAAACAAGCACUUUAAUCACUAUAGGCUUUAAUAGUAGGCUUACAGCUGCAUCUAACUGAUUAUUACUACUUGUAACUACUGCUGUAAGAAAUCUGGGAGAUGAUGAUAUCCAUAUUUUCUGAAUCAACACUAUCAUUUCUUAGCAUCAUUACUGGAACCACCAAAUAAAGUGCUCCAGUGUGGAAUAUAAAGGCAGAAAUGUAUUGUAACAUACAUAACUAGAUUUUUUGUUAGAGUACAACUGGACGAAUAUCAGUUUAUUAAUUCUUUUCAUCUUUUGACAAGCCAAUUUAAAGCCAAAGCUGAUGUGGGUUUCCACCUCCGCCAUCUUAUUUCAUGAGGGACGCAUGAGGCUACCAGACCUUUAAAGCUGAAACAUGUUAGCAUGUCAACAUAGCAGUUAGCUUGUCACCAAGCACUCAUUAGCUCCAUCCACAAGUGACUCUGGUUGCCCCCUGGUGGCAGAAGCAAGAAUUGCUGGUUAUCUGCGGAUCUAUGGUGCUCUGAUUGACUACUUGCUAUUUUUUUUUAUCACAUAAUGAAGAUUAUUCAUCUUUAAAUUGUUUCAUUGCUUAUUUUUAGUUUUAUUUACAGUGUUUACCUGUGGUUGACAGCUUUGUCAACAAUGAGGCAUACUUGUACACACCCAACUGCUGGUGGCAGUGCUUUUCUUUGUGUUUAAAAAAAAAAAAAUUCUUAUAAUUAUUGUGCUCAAGAUUUUCUUUUUGCAACAAACUGAUGCGACUUGUUUCAGAUUGUUUUUAUUUUUUAUUCUGUAAAUGCAAACUGCUACAAGCACAGCAUGUUCAGUAAGUUGAUGCAGGGUGCACUCACACCAGGAUAGACUCGGCCCAGUUGUGGACUCGGUUCAGCUGGGGGUGGUGCAACAUUUUUCUGGACUGAGAUUUGUGUUCAUGCUGCACUCCUCAAACGAAUUGGACCUUUAAAAUAUCUUUCCACUUUCCACCAGAGAUGGCGCUGCAUCAAGAAUUACUGAAGGAGAAGGCAAGACACUCAGUGAAGAAGAAAACGCCAUCUACUGGUUAAUGCAGGACAACUUUGGCUUCUAGUACAUAAACCAAAGCUGUCCUAGCUAAACAUGGAGCUGCAUCAGGUCUUAUGGUCUUGGGUUGAUCAUAUUUCUAUCAGAACUUUGAUCGAUUCUUCCAUGUCUGACUGAGACAUUUCUCUCGUCCAGAACCGCCUAUCGUCCCUCACGCGCAUAUGUUUUGUUUGUGUUUACCCACGAUGCCGUGCGCUGAACCUACCAUGCACUUUGUUUUGUAGUCCACUUCCUGUAUUUGGUCUGCUAAAUGGACCAGCACCUGCGUUUGUAGGCGGAGCGAGUCUGUCUUUGAUCUGAAUGGGAAUUCGUUUGCACAUUCACGAUUCCCCAAACGAAGCGGACUUUCCCAGCAAACAGACUUGGUUCGAAC